AUGGGUCCCUUCUUUCUCUUCUACUUCUUCGUCUCGGUGUUGGCGACCGUGACUGUUCAACCUUCCAACUCCUCCCAGGAUUUAUCCUGGUCCUCUUCUUCCCGCUUUCUUCUCCAGGUUUCGGGCUCUAAUUUGACCCUUGCCCCGCUGACCCAGUCUCUUGUCCGUCUCUCAAAUAGUGAUAAACAGGCAUUUCAAAUCUCUGGUAACGUCACCAAGGUGGUCGCGGAAGACUCGGUUGGCCUGAAUUCCUCCUCAAUUGCCUGUAUUCCGUGUGAUUCUUCAGAUUACCCCGGACCCUUCAAGGCGGAUCGCACCAUCGACACUGUUGACAGCCAGUCGACAUUACCGGGGGCUAUCAUCCUGUACAGUAAUUCAGCAUCACACUGCAAUUUGACAACCGAUGAUACUGCUGAGAAUUAUCGCAAUAUCUUCACUGUGAUCAAUUUGCGAUCGUCAACCAUCCUACAGGACGCUUUUGAUUCAAAUAACACAACCGCCACUAUGUCUAGUGUUAUGCCCGGUAUCGAUGGCGGCAAUACCACAACCACAGGUACCACUACUAACGGUGAUAGUCCCAAUACUGCCAUGAUUAUAUUGUAUAGUAUUACCGGUAUCAUCACAGCUCUCUUUUUAGGCAUUAUUAUCACCGGCGCUGUUCGCGCACAUCGUCAUCCAGAGAGAUACGGACCCCGUCGGGUGGCAGGUCGACCCAGGCAAAGUAGAGCAAGAGGUAUAGCUCGAGCCAUGCUCGAAACAAUUCCUAUUGUCAAAUUUGGCGAUGAACCUGCCGGAGAUGUCGAUGCUGCCAAGCGAGAUGUUGAGCUGGCCAGCCAUGAUUCUGGUGACCGAUCUCCUCAUCCAGAGGUCGCCGAGGUCGGCGAAACUACUCCACGUGAAACCGAGCCAUUGCCCGAACAGGAGACCGAUCACCCUAUCACCGCUGCACCGGAGCCCAAGGCAGAGGCCGUGCCCGAAGCUGGCAACUUUUCCUGUCCCAUCUGUACAGAUGAUUUCAUCAAGGGUCAGGAUCUGCGGGUCUUACCGUGUCAGCACCAAUUCCAUCCGGAGUGCAUUGAUCCUUGGCUGGUGAAUGUCUCUGGCACCUGUCCUCUCUGCCGCAUCGAUCUUAACCCGCCGAAGAAGGAGGAAAAUGCCGAGCAAGAUGAAAAUGCCGAGCACACGGAGGAAACGGCGACCGAGGAGGCUGGAUCCUCUACCGACGCAACACACCGACAUUCCCACCACCGUCUCACCAACUACCUGAAUGUUCGUCGCAUGCACAAUGCCACCGUUGAGGAGCGCCUCGCUGCCCUCCGCCACGUCCGCGCUGCCAACCAAAGUGAAGCCCUCGCUGUCCCUGCCCCUGCCGUCCGACACCGUCUCGGUAGCCGACUUCGCGAGCGGUUCCGCGGUCGCUCUGGUAGCCACGGUGUCGAGAGUGUCAGUCCGGCUGAAAGUGGCGCAACGACGCCGACAGUGACGACGCCCACCGUCCCUACCCACACCCCUGCGCAGACAGCCGAAACUGAGCGCGAACCCGAAACCGCGACCUCUGAAACUGCUGAAUUGCCCAGCAAUUCCGGCAGAUGA